AUGUCACAGCCAAUCCUUUCAUUAAAGCCCGACGAGAACAAGUUCAAGGCAGUAGCGAAUAUCCUGCCAUGUCGCAUACACCAUGAUGGUCCAAUUGAACCAACAUCAACAUAUUGGACCCCUGCUGCCACCGACGCAUACUUUCGCGGAAGAAAACUCCAGGGAAAGAUCGUAAAGCUCCCAAAAGACUGCCGGGGCAUUGUCGUCGAGCGAGUUUCCCAACAAGAUCCUAAAACAGCUGUCGAAGAGAUUGUGGAGGAUGAGGAUGCCGAGCAAGAACAAACAGGAAGGAUGCAAGUAACAGCCGAGUUCGACGAAAUGGUUGUUUGGGGACAUGAGGCAGUAGCAGAUGCCAGUGCGGACCCUUACGUUCGAAGUAUGGAAGAGUGGCUUCAGGUGGCCGAUAAGAUUCAUUCCUACUCACCCCCCGAAGAGAUUUCGCAGAAAUGA